GAGCUUGACAUUCAGUUGGCCUUUGGGCGCUGUGUUGUUGAAGGCAGCAGAGCCGUCAUAUCUCGCGGUACAUGAUCGUAGGAAGGCUGGGAUAUGGACUGACCGCUGCCUGCACAAAUCGACGGAGAGCAACGCUGUUUGUUCAACAGGAGGACUAAUAGCGAGGUGAGUCUAUAAUAAUGGCAAAAGAAGAUGAAAUUCCUGACUGGGCCGGAGCACAGGACUUCUAUGAGAAGUAUGAUCCAAAGGAGAUCCUUGGAAGAGGGGUGAGCAGUGUGGUUCGCCGCUGCAUCCAUAAGCGCAACACUCAGGAAUAUGCAGUCAAGAUCAUAGACAUCACGCCGUCAGAUAAGAUGAGCCCCGAGGAGAUCGAGGAGAUCAGAAAUGCCACAAUAAAAGAGAUAGACAUCCUCAAGAAAGUGUGUGGACAAGAAAAUAUCAUUCAACUGAAGGAUUCCUUUGAAACGAAAGCUUUCUUCUUCUUAGUGUUUGACUUGAUGAAGAAAGGAGAGCUUUUUGAUUACCUAACCGAGAAGGUUACGCUCAGUGAAAAAGAGACAAGGAAGAUUAUGCGGUCGCUGUUAGAGGUGGUUCAGUUCCUUCACUCUCAAAACAUUGUGCACAGAGAUCUAAAGCCAGAAAACAUCCUUCUGGAUGACAAUAUGAACAUCAAACUCACUGAUUUUGGCUUUGCUGUGCAGAUUGCACCAGGACAAAAACUUAAUGAGGUAUGUGGAACGCCAGGCUAUCUAGCCCCAGAGAUUAUCGAAUGCUCUAUGGAUCCUCACCACCAAGGUUACGGGACCGCCGUUGAUCUCUGGAGCGCAGGGGUGAUCAUGUACACCCUUCUUGCAGGUUCUCCUCCUUUCUGGCACAGGAAGCAGAUGCUAAUGCUGCGCAUGAUCCUGUCGGGAAGCUACCAGUUCACCUCUCCGGAGUGGGACGACCGUUCAGACACUGUCAAAGACCUGAUCUCCACAUUGUUGGUGGUGAAUCCUGAGGCACGUUACACUGCCAGAGAUGCCUUAAACCACCCUUUCUUCCAGCAGUAUGUGGUCGCGGAGGUGCGACAUUUCAGCCCGUACAGGAAGUUCAAGGUAAUCUGCAUGACAGUUUUGGCAACAAUGCGCAUUUACUGCAAUUAUCGACGUGCCAAGCCAGUUACCAAAGACGUGAUCAAGAGUGACCCCUAUGCAGUAAAGCCUAUUCGCAAGCUCAUCGAUGCCUUGAGAUAA